GAGGUGGCAGUAUUAUAAGGACAGGCUGCUAGGAGCUAGGGACGGCCCUGCUGAGAGGACACCACAGCACAGCACAACCUGACAACACAGCCCAGCACAGCCCAGCACAGCACAGCACGACUCAGCACAGCACAGCUCAGCACCACCUGGCACGGCACAGCCUGGCACAGCCCGGGACGCCACAGUUCAGGAGAACCAGCCCCGUCCAGCUUAGCCCAGCUCAGCAUAGCACAGCACAGCACAGCAUAACGCAACACAGCACAAUUCCACACAACACAGCAGAGCCCAACAAAGCCCAGCACAACCCAACACAGCAGCGGCAGCCACUGACGACUCUCCCCUCUUCCUGCCCACGCCCUUCCAUGAUGUUAACAUGGGGAACCGUCCGUCUGCCAGCCUUGUCCAAGAGCGGCUGCCUAAGGAUCAGCGCCAGUGGGGCCAAGGUCUGGAAAACCAGGGUCCCGAAACAACUCUUCUCAGUCAGGGAACCGGCCUAUGUCUCAGCCAGGAACCUGACCUCUGUCUCAGCCGGGAACCCGGGUUCCCUCCCACUAUACCCUGAGGAGCCCAGGCCCUUCAAUGAGUUGCCAGGAGAAUGGCGGCAUGGAUGGUGGAAUCUGUACCGCUUCUGGAGGGCAAACGGCUUCCACGACGUGCACAACCUCAUGAUUGAGAAGUUCAAAAGGUUCGGGCCCAUUUACCGGGAGAGACUGGGUAAUGUGGACAGUGUGAAUAUCAUCCACCCCAACGACGCUGCCAUACUGUUUAAGAAGGAGGGCUCUAACCCGGAGAGGUUCCGGAUCCCGUCAUGGGUCGCUUACCGCCGGAGUCAGAACAAACCCUUCGGUGCCCUGCUCAAAAAUGGCGAAGGGUGGAAAAGAGAUCGGCUGACCCUGAAUCGAGAAGCCUUGGCCCCCGAGGUGGUAGACCGCUUCGUCCCCAUCUUGAACGAGGUGUCCGAAGAUUUCGUCAAACUCAUCCAAACCCGUAUGGCACAGAGUGACCAGGAGAAGCUGACAAUCAACCUCGCACAGGAACUCUUCUGCUUCUCCCUAGAGUCCGUCUGCAAAAUCUUGUACGGGGAGCGGCUGGGCCUCCUGGAACAGGUGGUGAACCACGAGGCCGAGCAGUUCAUCGAGGCUGUGAGCACCAUGUUCCACACCACAGGGAUCAUGCUCUACACACCCCCGUUCCUGUUCAGCACUGUCAACGCCAAGGCCUGGAGGGAGCACGUGCAAGCCUGGGACACCAUUUUCACCCAAGCGGACAGAUUUAUGGAAAACACCUACCAGGAAUUAAAGCACAAACGAGGGGAUCCCCAGAAAUUUAGGGGUAUUCUGGGAAGCCUCCUACUCAAUGAGAAAAUGUCCCAUGAAGCCAUCAAAGCCAAUAUGACAGAGCUGAUGGCGGGAGGCGUGGACACGACCUCCAUGACCCUCCAGUGGGCCCUGUACGAGCUGACCCGCAGCGUCUUCGUGCAAGAGCAGAUCCGCAGGGAAGUCCUGGACGCCCGGAAGGCCUCGCAGGGAGACAUGUCCAAGAUGCUGAACUCUGUGCCACUGCUCCGAGCCGCCAUCAAGGAGACGUUGAGGCUUCACCCUGUUGCCGUGACCAUACAGAGAUACCCCAUGGAGGAGUUGGUCAUCCAAAACUUCACUAUCCCCCCCAAGACGCUGGUGCAUGUGGCCAUCUACGCCAUGGGCCGCGACCCCAAUUUCUUCUCCAACCCAUCCAAGUUCGACCCCUCGCGCUGGCUCCACAAAGAUUCCACCUAUUUCCGGGGUCUGAGCUUCGGCUCUGGCGUGCGCCAGUGUUUGGGCCGCAGGAUCGCCGAGACGGAGAUGGUUCUGUUCCUCAUCCACAUGCUGGAAAACUUCAAGAUUGAAGCCAAAACACUUCAGGAUGUUGAAACGACCUUUGAUCUCAUCCUGAUUCCCAAAAGUCCCAUUGUCUUCCAGAUCCGCCCCCUCCAGGCCCAGCUGUGAGGACACACACAUACACACAUCCCGGCACCGCCAACAGCUACAGAGACCAAGCACAAUCACUUUCCCUUCCUCACCCACUUCUGGCCCCAUCAUCCAUCGACACAACUAGAUUCUUCCAACCCUUCUUCUUCCUAAAACUUUCUCACUCAUCUCCCUGAAAAAGACCAUCUUCAUCCUCCUCCUCCACCUCCUCCCUACUCUUCUCCUUCCCUAAGUGGAGGGAACAGAAAAAGUCCAUCUAGGCCAGCCUCCGGCCUCCAGGCAGAAUUUACACCAUCUCAGUGAUAAUGGUGGACAUUUUCCUUCAGAAUCCUUAAUAAAUACAACUUGGAGGACCUCC